CAUUUUCCUGCACCGAUGCAAGGAAUCUUAAGUAUUGGGGAGGGCUAAACGGCGUUGAUGUCAAAGAGAGACGACGACAAACAAAUACAACCAAAAAGCAGUGACACGUGACAGGCGCGUGGGACCCGCCACCUUGGUUAACGACACCGUCCAUUUAAAACGCCGCCGUCUGUUCAAUUCAACGCUGGGAUUCAUAACUGGUCUCUCUCUUUCUCUCAAAUCCAAUCAUUUCCUGAAAGACAAAACAAAAAAAAUCACACUCACAACACAAACACCACCACCAAUCCCCAAUCUCUAACUUUUCCCGAGAAAAUUUCCAUUUUCUCUCUCAGAUUCCCGCAAAAUUUUACAACGCCACUUUUGCCUCCGCCAAUUCAAUUCUUCGUCGUUUUCUCCAAUUCUAAUGCGUCGAUUUCGGGCUGGAGAAUGAGUUCUCCCAACUCUUAUCUCAUUAUCAGUUUCCUUAGAUCUCUCCUCAAACCCUCCACAAUCUCGGCGUUCGACAUCUCUCGUCCAAUUUUAACUCUCGCUUAGCCCGUAAUAUAACUAUGUACCACGCAAAGAAGUUUCCAUCGGCUAGUAUGGUGCCCUAUAAAUCUCAAGGUGGUGCUGAACAAAUUGCAAAUGUUGAGGUUUUGGGUGGAUCUGCUGGAAAAAAUGCCACACCGGCGGAAGGAAGUGGGAAACAGCGUUUAAGGUGGACAUCUGAUCUUCAUGACCGUUUUGUGGAUGCCAUUACACAACUUGGUGGACCAGAUAGGGCAACACCAAAAGGUGUCCUUAGAGUGAUGGGUGUUCCUGGACUGACCAUUUAUCAUGUUAAAAGCCAUUUACAGAAAUAUCGUCUUGCAAAGUAUUUACCUGAAUCACCAGCUGAUGGUAAAGACUCUAAAGAUGAGAAGAGGAAUUCUGGAGACAGCUUUUCUGGCGCAGAUUCUUCUCCGGGAAUGCCAAUCAAUGAUGCCUUAAGAAUGCAGAUGGAGGUUCAGAAACGUCUGCAUGAGCAGCUUGAGGUUCAGAAGCAAUUACAAAUGAGAAUUGAAGCACAGGGUAAAUACUUACAAAAGAUCAUAGAGGAACAGCAGAAAUUAGGUAAUACCUUAACAACCUCCGAAACACUUCCUUUAUCGCAUGAUAAGCAAACUCAUCCGCACUCGGAGGCUUCUGGAUCUAGUGAUGCCCUUGCAAGCACUUUGUCCCCUCGUAAAAAACAGAGAAUCGAUGAUGGUUCCAAGGAUGGCUUCACUGCUUCCCAUGUAAGGAAGACUGAACAAAAGAAUGAGUGCAAUGUUGGUCAGUUGGAUCCAAAUUUGUAUGAUGAUGCUGGGUUUGGAUUUGAUUUGGAGACAAACAAAGAUGAACAUAAGGAGAGUGGACAGUAAGAACUAGGUUCCUUUUGUAGGUUCUGUCUUCAUUGUAAUGUGUAGUGUAUUUUUCUGGUAGAAAAUACAAAUCAUGCUUUGUAUAUAUAUAUAUAUAUAUAUAUAUAUAUAUAUAUAUUUAUAUAUUUCCAUGCAAUCCAUUUGUACAUAUUAAUGUAGAUAUAGAUGCAUUCUUCUCCUGUUGUGAGAGUCAUAAAGAAUGCACUCUUCCACCCAACAGAAAUGCUGUGUGGGUCAUGGAUGAUGACUGUUGGGUGCAGGAUACUUGAUGUUCAGGUUGCUAUGGUCCAAGUCAGUAUCAAAUACCUGGAGAUGACAUUGUUUGAUCCUUGUAACCGACCUAAUCAUGGGAGAUGGCACUUAGUUCUUAUUGAUGGAAAUAGUUGUGACAAGCUUCCCUUUAUAUUACUUAUCUUCCAGGCCUUGGCACAGUUAGACUCGUCAAUGUGAUGCUAUCAAACCUAUAAAAUAAUAAAUUUGUUAAAGACAAAAGUAAUGUGGCUAGAGGCUUUCAUCCAUAAACUAAAUACCCUUGUUUGGUGCAAAACUUGUUCUUACUAUUUGUACUAAAAGCCCCAGAAGAACAAAUAUAGAAGGAUUUUAUUUACUUUUAUUCAUAUGUACUUACAGCAAUUUUAGUAUAUAAUUUGGAAGUUUACAAGAUAUUACUAAUUAGCUAUUAACUUAGUUCAAAGUCAUGGUUAUGUACUGAAGAAAAAAACUGUUCAAUAAAACUGUUUAUUCGUUAAAGUGGAAAUAAAAGGAGUUUUUGGAAUGGGAGUCUAGUCUGUAGUGCUUUGAAAAAUAUUUCUUAUCGAAAGUUUGUCACCAUGUUGAACCAUUAUAGCUUUAUAUCACGCAAGAUUUUCUAGUUCUAAGUUUAAUUAUAACAGAAGAAUGAUUUUACUCUUUAGAUGACUUAGAAGAUAGUAUUAAGAAAUAGGGAAAUGAUACUUCGACAACCAGUUUUGACAACAUUUUGACACGGAUCACGUGUCAAAAUGCCAUUGGUCCAGAUGGAAAAUGAUUUCAGAAUUUUAUAUGAUGUGGAAAUGCAGUCAAGUGGCAGAGAGGUUUGAAAUUGGAGGGUUUCAUUUUCAGUUUUGGCAAUUUGAAUUUGGGGCAUUGGGAGAGAGAGAGAAGAGAAGGUUGAGAGAGAGCGGGAACCCUAGAGCGAGAGUGUCGUCGGAGUCCGUCUUCCUCGGACCAGUUCCUCCGACCACCCACGAGUUCUGCCGGAGUCCGUCUUCCUCGGACCAUCCAGGUGUGCCGCCGGAGUCCGUCAUCGUCCGACCAGGCACGAGUUCCGCUGGAGUUCGUGUUGGGGCAUUGGGAGAGAGAGAAGAGAAGGUUGAGAGAGAGCGGGAACCCUAGAGCGAGAGUGCCGUCGGAGUCCGUCUUCCUCCGACCAGUUCCUCCGACCACCCACGAGUUCCGCCGGAGUCCGUCUUCGUUCAACCUAUAGCGUUCCCAUUGAGGGUCGCCGCAACUCCGUCUUCGUCUUCCGUUCGACCCAGCCACGACUGCCGUCGGAGCUCGUCUUCUUCGACGUAUACCGUUCCGAUUGAGGGUCGCCGCAACUCCGUCUUCGUCUUCCGUUCGACCCAGCCAACCAAGCGCGCGUUUUCAGCGUCCAUUCCUCCCACCCUCUUCGUUCGACCUAUAGCGUUCCCAUUGAGGGUCGCCGCACCUCCUUCCGUUCGACCCAGCCAACCAAGCGCCCGUUUUCAGCGUCCGUUCCUCCCACCCGCUUCGUUCGACCUAUACCGUUCCCAUUGACGGUCGCCGCACCUCCUUCCGUUCGACCCAGCCAACCAAGCGCCCGUUUUCAGCGUCCGUUCCUCCCACCCUCUUCGUUCCCUGUGUCGGACCCACUGGCAAUCAUGUUCAUUAAAGGUUGGUUUAUUUGUAUUGAGUGGAAUGAAUUUGUAAUAGAUGUAUGAUGUUGUUUAUGUACGAUGUUGCUUAUGUAUGAUAUGGUGUUUGUAAGGUG